UAUCAGUAUUUAAGAAUAAUAUAAGGUCGACACAAUAAAAUAUAAUAAAAUACAUUUAAUUAUGAACGGAGAAAAAGGCGUAAACGACGUCGUAAAGAAGGGGUUAGAAAUUAAGAGGGAAGAAAACGGAAUCACUGGCUUGAACUCACUUUACUUUGUCGGAGAGGCUCUAAAAUACGGUAGAACCCACUGUUUGCAACCCUUUUCCUCAAAUUAAAUUUUGCCACGUCAUACAAAACAUUACGUGUAAUCAGCGCCGUUUGAUUAUUCCAAUCCUGUUUGUGUACACUGUAAUACACUGGAAUCUUCUCCCAUGAUUUGAUAAUGAAUAAUCAAAUUAUGCCACGUGGACUAUCCUUCUUUUUUCCCCCAAACUGCAUUUUUCUUUUUUCUUUUUCUUUUUUUUUGUAAUUUUUGCUUCCUCUCUCUCUCAAAGAAUUUUUCUUGCAAAUCCUUCAAUAAAAACUGUCAAAGUUUGAAGCAGAAAUGAUUGAGAUGAAAUUGAAAGCUGAAAGAUCGUACGACUCUUCGUCCAUGAAGAAGUCGUCGUCCAGAAAUUCCGAGUCGUCAAUUCACAGUCAUAUGGAGUCUCCUCACUCGCCGCUGCGUUUCCACUCGCCGCUCCGAUCUGACGUCGGCGACCCUCCCGAAACGUCUCCUUAUGCUUCUCCGUAUGCAUCUCCUGAGAAGCUGCCUGAUAACUUCAAGUCGAUUGUUGUUGUUGAUGUUGAUAAUAAGAGUACUCAGUUCUCGCCGCUUCGGUCUCCCAAUGCUGGUUCUCGGAAGCUGCCGGAGUACGCAAACUUUCCUGGAGAUAGGUCGACUUCGUCUAAGGUUAUGUUUAAUCGGGCAAUGAAGGAGGAGGUGCCGCAGUCUGUGACCAAGGUAGGGCCGGCUGCGGGUGGAGUCGAGGAGGAUGGUGGUGGUGGUGGUGGAAGAUCGCCGAAGCAAAUGCCGCCGCCGCCGAGGAGGUCGAAGGACGAUGCGUUGACGAAGGCGGCUUUAGGUUUUAGAGUGUGUGAAGUGGCGGUUUGCUUGAUUUCGUUUUCCGUUAUGGCGUCUGAUAAGACUAAGGGAUGGAGCGGCGACUCCUUCGAUCGUUACAAGGAAUACAGGUACUGCCUCACUGUUAAUAUAAUUGCAUUCGUGUAUGCGGCAUUUCAAGCGUUUGAUCUUGUCUAUACUCUAAUCAAGAAGCAACAUAUGAUACGUCAUCGCGUCCGUUCUUACUUCGACUUCUUCAUGGAUCAGGUAUUGGCAUAUCUUCUCAUAUCGUCGUCUUCCUCCGCUGCGACACGUGUUGACGACUGGCAAUCGAAUUGGGGAAAAGAUGAGUUCACACAAAUGGCCAGUGCAUCAGUCAGCAUGUCCUUCCUUGCCUUCGUUGCUUUUGCUGUUAGUUCACUUAUCUCUGGUUACAACCUUUGUAGCCGUGAUCCUGCAUGAUACAAAAAUCUCACCCUCAUUCUCUUUUCCUUUCAAAGAGAAAAUUUAUAUUGAUCGUCACCCCAAGAUUAUUCUUUUUAUUAUGUUUGUACAUAGACAUCAUAGCUAUAGCUCUGCCCUUACAAUAAACAUGAUACCCAAAUUGUAAAUUGUUGGAUUGAUAUAAAUGAAGCUUCUAUUGCUCUUUCUACU